CUCCCUCAUCUUCAACGCCGCGUGCUCCGUCCCCCUCGACAUCCUCCAGUGGCGGCUCAAGCAGGCGGGCAUUACCCUGAAGCUCCGCGUGCCAAGCGGGGCGUGCUGGCUGCCACCCGACGACGCCAACGACGAUUUUCAGCGCGUGCUCGACGUCACCUUCGUCGAUGACGAGUGCACCCUCCGAGCCGCCGUGGACAUCCUGAUGGAGACGCUGUUGGGUGUCUUCGACAAGUGCCGCCUGCAGCUGAGCUGGGAAGCCGGCAAGACUGAGGCCGUGGUCAAGUUCCGGGGCCAUGGCGCGGUCGUUGCCCGCGAAGCCGCCCGCCUCCCCGACGGCCAGUUGGGGAUGCCGCUCGCGAAGGUCGGACACCAGGGCGUCCUCCGCUUCGUUCGCGAGUACAAGCACCUUGGCUCGUACAUCGACCACGAGGGCAUGGCGGCCGCCAACAUUUCCGCCCGCGCCCGCAACGCCCUGGCUGCGCACGCUCCUCUGGCGUGCAAGUUCUUCGGCUCGAGUUUGGUGGGCCAGACGCAUCGCCGGCUGUUCUUCCGGGCGCUCGUGGUGUCGAGGGUGCUGCGCAACAUGAGCAUUUUCGUGCUCUCCCCUCGAGCUGUUCGGAAGCUGAAUGGAGUAUGGAUGCGAGGCCUGCGUCGCAUCGCUGGCCAGAUGCGUUUCUCGAGCGAUGUGGAGGCAUCUGAUCUCAGCGUCCGCCUCUCCCUCGCCAUGCCGUCGAUUGACUGCCUCUUGACCGUA